CCGAAUAAAAAACCUAAGCAAAAGAAAUGAAGCAGCUUUAUCAUCUGUAAUCGCCCAUAAGAUAUAAUUUGGAUUUCUGAUUUUCUUUCUUCCUCAUUCCUCCUCCUCCUCCAAAAAAGAACCCAUUUCAUUUUCCCGCACUUUCUCACCCCAAACGAUUCUCGCCCGGAAAAUGAGGUGGGAAAGGGUCCGACAACUACAGCAACAAGUGGGUCUCGGUGAGUCUUCUUCCGGGCCCGGUAAGAGGUGGGGUCACACUUGUAACGCCAUUAAAGGAGGUAGCUUUCUCUAUGUUUUCGGUGGCUAUGGCAGAGAUAAUUGCCAAACCAAUCAAGUCCAUGUUUUCGACGCUGCAAAGCAGAUAUGGACUCAGCCAAUGAUCAAUGGCACACCUCCUCCUCCCAGGGACAGUCACAGCUGUACAACAGUCGGCGACAAUCUUUUUGUGUUUGGUGGUACUGAUGGAGUUAACCCUCUUAAGGAUUUGUAUAUUCUAGAUACUUCUUCACAUACUUGGAAAUGUCCGAGUGUUAGGGGAGAGGGACCUGAGGCAAGAGAAGGUCAUAGCGCCACACUGGUUGGUAAAAGGCUGUUUGUCUUUGGUGGCUGUGGGAAAUCUUCUGGUAUUAAUGAAGAAAUCUAUUACAAUGACGUUUACAUAUUUAAUACAGAAACUUUUGUGUGGAAACGGGCUGUUACAAUUGGGAAUCCUCCAUCUGCGCGGGAUAGCCAUUCUUGCUCAUCGUGGAAGAACAAACUUGUUGUUAUAGGUGGCGAAGAUGGACAUGACUACUAUCUGUCCGAUGUUCAUAUCCUUGAUACAGAUACACUUAUAUGGAAAGAGUUGAAUACUUCAGGGCAGUUGUUGACACCUCGAGCUGGUCAUGUUACUGUUUCACUUGGGAGGAACUUUUUUGUUUUUGGAGGGUUUACGGAUGCUCAGAAUCUUUACGAUGAUCUCUAUGUGCUUGAUGUCGAUACGUGUAUAUGGUCCAAGGUUCUCACCAUGGGAGAAGGACCAUCUGCUAGGUUCUCUUCUGCAGGGGCUUGUCUAGAUCCUCACAAAGCUGGUUUUCUUGUCAUUGUUGGUGGCUGCAAUAAGAAUCUCGAGGCGUUGGAUGACAUGUUCUACUUACAGACAGGUCUUGGAUACGAUGCAAGAUUUGAUCAAAAUGUAGGGAUGUUGUCUCUAAAGAAGCAAUUGAAGAUAAAAUGCCAAGAACAAAGUCAUGCAAGUUCCUUGUACGAUAAAUCACUUGUCAGAAUCAAUAUGGAUCAUCAAGGAAGAGGAAAUUUUGGUUUGAACACUUGCCAAUUUAAUGAAGGAAAGAUGAUGUUUCAAGCCCGGAUAACCGAGAGUUACCCGGUUGGUUACACUAUGGAAACAAUGAUAGAUGGAAAAGUGCUUCGUGGUGUUUUGUUUUCAAACAAGCGCAGCUCUAUUCUGCCGGCAGAUCAAAGCUUUAGUAGAAAGAGGCCAGCUAUGUCGAACGGGGAUCAGGACAAUAGAUCAAAGAUAUCAAGAACUUUGAUCAAGGAUCAAGCUAAUGCUGUAGAAUCCAAAGAUUCUCAAUUAAACGGUAUGGAGGCUGGUAUUGAUACCAUCAGCAACCCUCUGGGUGUUAACAUAACCACAGUGGCAGUGGCACCACACGAAACAGAAACCUCUGUUGUUACUUCUGAUGCCAAGAACCAAGAUGCAAGUCAACUCGAUAUGGGCACUGUGAAUACAGUGAAUACAGCUCCAUCAUCAGUUCCUCAGGUUGAUGAAGCGUCUUUAGAAUCUAGAAAUGCGAUUACGAUAGAUGAUAGGGCUAACAAGACCGGACUUGGAGAGUCAUAGCUACAAAAACAAAGGUGGGCUAACGUCUUUAAAGUCCUUAUGAUCGAAUCUUUAGGCUACACAAAAACAGAAGAAGCCAUUGCAUCUAAAACUAGUUGGGUCUAACUCUGUUCGUUUUGAGCAUUUGAUUUACAGAUGAGAGAUUCUCCGCUAUGAACAGAGGAACAACAGCAUGAACAACAUCAUUUCUUUUCCUGUACAUUAGUCUGGAGAUAGGGUGGGUUUUAUUUAGAAUCUAAGUUAGAUUAUCGUGGUCACUGGUGAGGAUGAUGAGAAGCUAGCUCUGAGUUAGGUUUUUUCUUUUCCUUCUUUUCUUAUUCUCUGCAAUUUUCUCCUUUUUUCGGGUUUAAUUCAACUUCCAAGCAAUGUUAUGCUUCCUCCCUCAUAGUUUUUAUUUUUUUGCACAAUGAACUAGCUUAAAUGUCAGAUAAAAAUGGUUUAUUCUAGAAUGUGGAGUGAUUCUUCUAAACUGGUUUUACCCUUUAUCAUGUUAUGGUUUUCAAUUUCAACUCUAGCCUUGUUUACUCUUUCUAGAGCUAGAUUAGAAUUUGGUCGAUCAUUCAGUAGGAAACAUAAAUUUUGGAGAUAACGUAGAAGAAAAGUCAAACUAGUCCUAGUUGGCAAUCCAACUACUAAAGGCUAAAGCAUGUAGUUCCAUAUCCAACUAAUUUCGUUGUUGAUUAGCAUAGCAUGUGAUUCUA